GAUGGCCCCCUAGAUAUUGUUGAGUAGAGCAAAAGAGAUAGUGCGAAAUGUGGCAAAGCAGGGCCACACUCUGGUGUUCUACUCACUCUGUGAAUUUGUGCAGGCCCUGAUUUGCCUGGACUGGGGAGAUAUGAAGCAAACCCCAGUACUUGACUGACUUAUCCUCUUCCAGAUGCAAUGCCGGUCAAGUCUGGUCAUCUCCAGCGUGGUGCCAUGUUGAUGUCGCUGGCAAGAGAGACACGACAGCGAGCAUGCGCAUCGUGCAUUCAUGCAAUACUUGGCGAUAUUGCCUCCCAGAGGCGGCAGCCGCAGUUCAAAAUCACAUGCAUUGACCGAGAAGACAUUCUCCAGAGUCAACACCCCAUAUAUCAAUCUCACAGUGAAGCCAUUCGACCCCUUUUGGACCGUCGAGUCAAUCGAGAGCAGAGACGUUGGCCGCAAGAGAGCCAAUCAGACACAGCAGCUCAAAACAGUGGGACUGGCAGGCCAGGGGUCGGGGACUUGUCCGCCACCCCGAGGUCAGAUGCAUCUUUCUCCAUAGUGGAAGUCGAAAAGCACCAGUUCGACGCCGAAGUCAUCGAAGGAGUCCUCCAGAGCAGACUCCAUCACGAAACCUAUCCGAAUACCGCGAUCCACAAGACCGCAAAGUUGUCCUCUCUGCUCCAGUCUCGAAAAUGUCUCGAAGUUCACCCAAAGUCAAGCGAAGGUCUGGGGCAACAUUUCCUUGUGGCGAUCGAUUGGCAAAUAUCGUGAAAAAGAAGAGCUAGGCUCAUGCCAGCAUGUCGAAUGCCGAAGCGUGGUUGGCCAAUACCGGGAGGAGCGUCCCCGCAUGCUGAGCGGGCAGUAACACCGGAGCUGUCUCCGCCACCUCGAAGCUACAACACUCCAGACACUCUCCACAUGCUCUCCAUGAAUCGUUUUCACUCACACUGCAUCCAAACAUCUAUCCGCCAAGGCGCCGCAAUGGAACUCGACCUUGGCCUAACAGAUCUUCGAGAUUCUGGUUGCUGGACUCGAAAUCGAUGUAUAUGUGAUAGCGUCG